UGGAGCUCUGACUACAUGUAGGGACACGCACCAGCACAACAAAGGCUCAGCAGCUGCCAGGGCCUGGGCAGAGGCAGCCCAGGACCUGAAGGGGACAAGCUAGGAAGGGACAGCAGCAGUACCUGGGAGGGGCCAUGUCCCCUGCCCCACCCAGCAGGUGUCCUGGGCAACCAGGGUGGCUCCUCUGUGACCUUGCUGCGGAACCAGUGGAACCGGUCAGUGUGCACCAUGCUGUGCUGCCUGCUGCUCCUCGCCCUGCUGCUGGGGGCUGCCCUCCCACAGCCUGUGCACCAGAGGAACAGCUACUCAGUUCCUGAGGAUUUCACUGCUCCCCUGGAGCUGCCACAGAAGCACUUCGGCCUGGUGGAUGAUUACGGCAUCAGACCCAAGCAGCCUCGCUUCGGAAGGCGGGCGGCCCCGCGGCGGCCGGCGGAGCUGCGCAGAGCUCGCAAAAGCAAGCGCGACGGCCUGGACCUGCUGGAGUACUACGAGGACGGGCACCUGUGAGCCAGCGUGCCCUGUGCCCGCCACAACCCAGCAGGUGAGGGCUGGGGCAGAACCUGCCAGAAGUCCCUUUGGGUCAUCAUAUG